CCCGAAAAAAUGUGGAUCUGAUAUCUGUAAUAUCGCAUCAAUUUUGUAAACAAAAAUAAAUAAAUACAUUGUAUAUAUUUUAUAAAUUUAUUUAGUAUUAUUAUAAUACUAGAUUUAAAAUUUUAAUUUUUUUUAACAAAAUUUUGGGUUAUGCGAAACUUAAAUUCAACUUAAUUAUAUAAACCAUAACUUAAUUUCAUGGAUUACAAAGAAUGCAGAAGUUCUACGACAAUCAAUUUUAUUGCUGGAGCAAUCGGAGGUACGAGCGCUGCUAUUAUAACAUGCCCUCUUGAAGUUGUUAAAACAAGAUUGCAGUCUUCAGGUGAGGUGUUUAAACCAAUAACAAGGCAAAUAACAAGUGUGUCAACUAUUACACGAAUUCAGCCAGAACAACGAAUUAAACCAAAUGGCAUACUUGGAUGUAUGAGGCAUAUAAUAAAUACUGAAGGUUACAGAUCCUUAUAUAAAGGCUUGGGACCUAAUCUCAUAGGUGUGGCUCCAGCAAGAGCAGUCUACUUUGCAGUAUAUGUUAAAUCUUCUAAAUAUAUUCAACAGAAAGGAAUAGUACACCAAGAUAAUCCAUUAACUCAUAUGCUGGCUGGUGCUUCUGCUGGUUUUGUUACACAUACUUUAACAGCUCCAAUUUGGUUUGUGAAAACGCGACUUCAACUAAGCAGUCAUAAAUACGGAAUGAUGCGAUGCAUUGCGAAAGUUUACAAAUCAGAAGGUAUAAAAGGCUUUUACAGAGGAUUGUCAGCAUCAUAUUUUGGUGUUGUGGAAACAAUUAUUCAUUUCGUUAUAUAUGAGCGUUUAAAAAAGAUACUUCGCGAAUAUCACAGGGAUAAUAGUUUCGAUCAUCUUGAAAAAAAUCAGCUAACAGACUUUAUGUUAUCUGCAGGAUGUUCAAAAACUUGUGCUGCUAUUUUUGCUUACCCUCAUGAAGUAGUAAGAACACGACUGCGACAAGAGACUCGUGAUAAAGAACGCAAGUAUCAAAAAUUUUUUCAAACUUUAGUAUUGGUUUACAAAGAAGAAGGUAGACCUGCGUUAUAUGGCGGCCUUGGAACAAAAUUACUUUGUCAAAUUCCAAACUGUGCAGUAAUGUUUAUGGUAUACGAGUCGGUUGUUUUUUAUUUAUGUGAAAAUGAUCAAAACGAUUGAGUUGCCAAAAUCUCAAAUCACGAUAUUUUAUUUAUAAAAGCGUAAAUAUUAGAUUUCACAAAUUUCAAGCUUUUGAAAUCUAAUGGAGCAUUAUUUUCGUUUUGUACUUUGUCUCACAUUAAACGGAGAUUUAUAUAUAGGUAUAUAUUAUAUUUUAUAGUCAUAUGUAUCUUAAAAGUCACACAAGGAAAGUGUUUUAUUUCUGUGAAAUAAAUAUACUUCAAGUUCGUUAA